CUUUUUUACGGUGGGCUGCGUGACGUAAUCACGCAUCGUUUCCAAACAAUGCUCAGGAAAAAGCCACGUUGACGAUCCAGGGUGAAGAGUAGUCCCCAGUUUGAGGCCAAAUAGCGCAGAAAUCGGGUUUUCGGACGCGUCGGCUCCUCCUCGCAGCGGGUCCCGGAUCACAGCGAGCAUGUCGUCCCCCCCGAAGGAGAAAAAUGAAACCAAAGGCGGACAUCUCCCUGCAGUAAAAGCAGGGGGCAUGAGGAUAGUGCAGAAACACCAAUCACCUGCCAUGCCUGAACCUCCGCAGAAAGAGGAUGAUGAAGAAGAGUACAUCAGCAGCAGCCCACCUAAGGUACCUGUGAUUGUUUCUGGAGUGGUCACAAAGGGCGAUAAGGACUUUACGCCUGCAGCUGCUCAGGUGGCUCACCAGAAGCCUCAGCCUGGUGUCCCGAAGCUGCCCCCCGCCCAGCACUUCAACCAGCACAUCCACCAGCCCCGGAAGUGAGCCAGUAGGCUGCCUCGGCUCUGCGUACUCCAACAGCCAGCCUUCCCAAUGGAACACGAAAACAAUGAAGAUGCUUUCCAACCAGGCACAGACCUCUUAAAUAAUCUCAGUAAUUUUUAUUUUGUUUGCUUCCUGCUUUAUAUGUUGGAAAUAAGUGUCGUAGUAGAAGUCCCCCUGCUGCCCCCCUGCUGCGCCGGUGCUGCACUACUGGCUCUGGACUUUUCCAGAGACUGUUUGGUAUUCUGUUAGUCGUGCGUUGAUGUAAACAAAGCCUUCCAUCAGCAGAAAAACGUUUCAGACUUUUAGGGGAGCUAUUACCUCAGCCAUCCAAUCACAGCAGCCAUUUUUACUCGCCAUCAAAACCUCAGUGAUGAGAUUCAGCUCCGAAUAUCUCCAGAUUUCAAGAGCAGAAACCAAUUACCAGUAUUAACCAAUCAGAGCAUGUAGAUUACAGCGGCAUUCCAUUUUUAUUAAAUAGUUCAUUUUAACAUGAAAAACUUCAAAAAGAGACUUUUUAUUACAAAUAUAUGCAGAAAAAAAGAGGAAUCAGACCAUUUAAAAGCAGCUUUGCCUGUGAUGGCACCUAUUCUUGGCAGUGUGAGCUAAUUUUUAUGCAAACUCAAAUCUUUCACAGUUCAGUCCACCAGCUGCGUCUCAAUGCUUUAAUGCUGAGAUUUGUGUGAAUUUGCCUUUCAUCUGCUAAACGGUAAAAACGAUGCCAAAAAUGUGACGAAACCUGAAGAAAAAGUCUAUAAAAACACUUCCAGGAGUCAGCUGACUGAUUUUUGUGUUUGCAUCAACAUUAGCCUGAACAUCAAAGGAGCCGCUCAUGAAAGCGAGCUGGGAUUAGCUGUCAAAUGAAGGUAAACACGUUAAGAGAAGUGCACCACAUUCCACGUGAAAGUGUUAGAACAAAGAUUAUCAGCAUGCAAAGAAAAAUCUUUAUCUGUGCUGGCAGAUGCUAAUCAUCACGUAUCAGAAAUCUGCAGAAUCCAGAUUAUUUCACACACACCGUUUUCCUUAAUCACCCAUCCCCUUACACUGACUCGUCAGCUGUUGCAACACUAACGUUCAGGUUUCCAGGAGAGAAGGAAAGAAAUGUAUUUUACCAAGAAGGAAUCAUUUUCUCUGGUGAUGUAAUUAAGUUAUAAAGGAUGCUUUUUACGUUCUGCUGUUCUUUUUCUUUAAGUGAAUCAAUGCAAUUGUUCAAAUCUUUAGUCAUAAAGUGGGCUUGGGUUUUAGGUGUGGUUGUCCUAGUAAAUAAAGAUGGAGAUGAUCUAAAAAAUAAA